CUUAAUCAGACAUUUGAUGUAAAAUGGUUUUUAAGUAUAAUUUUACAUUCAAAGGAAGUCUAAUUCUACACUUCCACUUUUAAGAAUAUAUAAAUGUUUAGUUUGUCUUUGUUUAACUAUUAAUUAAAAUGCAUAAUAUGAUUCUUAUUAAUUUAAUUAAUCACUUAAGAAAUAAUCGUAAAAACUAUACUCAAAUAAUAAAAUAACACUUACAUUGUAACAAAUAUACUAUAGAAUAACACAUAAUAUGAAAGCCAGAGAGCUGUGUUUUAAAUGGCGCAUGACGUUCAAUGACGAUGAGUGGUGUGCCUUGCGCCAUGCGCCAUGGCGCAAUAAAGCGAUCGCCAUGCAAACUAGGCUAGAAAAUACAUUAUAUAUAUAGAAACUUAGAAAAGCUACAAAGAAAUUUAAACUAAAUGCAUUAGCAUUUGACAAAACCAAUUCAAAAUCCAAUCAUUCAAAACCAUAACUCAAAUCCAAUUGUUCAAAACAGGAACACCAAAGACAAAUAGCUAAAUGUAAGAAACGAAAGUAAACAUGUGUUCACAAACAUGUUACUAACACAGCGAAGAACCAAAAAUCAAUAUGGAACAUGUUAAAAAACGUGUUACGUAACUGUGAAUCUAUGAUCAAACAAUCAAAUAUAAACAGUGGAAAUUCAACUAUGGAUAUGUGACCAAAGCAAAAAAAGAAAACAAAUGAAUUCUAAGGUGAGACAUAGAAAAAAAGACAGAGAUGAACUGAGAAGAAGAGAGUCGAGAGAUAAGUGAGAAGAAGAGAGUCGAGAGGGAAAUGAGAAGUCAAAACACCGUGAGAUUUCUAAGGUGCGCCUUUUAAUCGCCUUUGACACCAUUGACUUAAGGCAAAGGCACACCAUGGCGAGCGCUUUGCGGAACCACCCUCGCCUUAGAGGUCUAUGGCAUUAGGGCCUUCGCCUUGGUGCGCCUUGCGCCAUGGGGACAACGCUCACCUUUUUAAACCAAGCUAGAGAGUAUUGAAUAAAAGCUAUAAAUUAUAUUUUUAGCUUUUUCUAAUUCUUGUUUUGAGUUUUUUUUAUUGAAUCAAAGCAUGUACUUUAAAGUCCUUUUGUCCUCUUUUCAAGUUUUAUAAUGCUUUAGAAGAGAAUGAGUUAUUUUGAAUGCAAACGAGUAACUAAAGAUGCAUAACUCUAUGCAGAUGAAUCAGAAGUUUGGCAAUGGAUAUAAGACCUCUCAUCUAUGGACUAAAUUCAUUUUUGGAUACAGGAUCUGAGGAUCAAGAAUUGCGUUAUCUUUCAAAGACUCGAACUGAAGAAGAUGAGACGUCGUGUCUGUUUCCAUCUCCUUCUCAUGUCUUGUUUGUGCAUUCACGGACGUUGUGUCUUUUUCACUCGUCCGCUUCUUUGUCUAUUUCUCCUUCCGCGCUUGAAGAUGCUGCCGGCGGUGGAUUUUGCCGGGUUGGUGAUGCUUCUUCGCCAGUGGACUAAUUUUUGCAAGUAUUAAUCUAUACAUGAAUCAGACCCAAAUCAAAUAUCUUAUAUUCGUAUGAUAUUCGAAUUAAUUUUAGAAGACUAUUCGAAGUAACUGCAGUUUCUUGAGUAGGAGAGGAGGAAAGCUUGCAGAUUCUCUUCUCUUUUGGUUUAGUACGAGAUAAAAAAACUUAAAUGUACCGAGAAUAUCCUUUUACCAAAACCUAAACUACUUUGGUAAAACCUACCGAUAUACAUAAAUACACAAGUAUAUAUUAUUCUAUUACGUCUAUCAUAAUCUAAAUUAAAUAUUUUUUUUUUCAUAUUUCAAGGUAGAUUGUGUAUGUAUCAACAAAAAAAUAUCAUAACAAUCCGUCUUAACCCAUAACUCAAUAAGAACUUCAAUAUUUUCUGUGAUUAUUUAAUCUGCGUGGCAAAAACUCAAAACUAAAGACUAGAGAGAUAAAAAGCCAGAGAGCGAGAGAGAGGGGGAAAGAGUAAAAAAGAAUCUACAGAAUUCAAACGUAUUGGUUCAAUCUCUUAGAUUUUCUUUUCUUUAGUUGUUCAUUCUUCAAAUAAAUCUCUCUCUUAUUUACCUUAAUCAGUAUUUUUCCAUUAAUAUCUAAGAUCUCAGAUUAUCUUUCCAUCAAGAUAUAUAUAUUCUCUUUCUUUUUUUUGUUUUCUGGUAAUUCAGCUUUUCCAUAGUCAUGGACUCCUCUGGCAUCAACAGGGAAAACAGCAGCGAAAGCCAUGAAGAAGGGCAGAAUCCAACUCCGGCAGCGAAUCAACUAGGUGCCACUCAGUUGCAACCUUCUCAGCCUCAACCCAAUUACUCUCGCAGAUUUCUAGAUGAACGGCUAUCUAGAUUCCCCAGUGGUGCUGAUCUGCAAACCCUAGAAUCCUCCUUCGGUUCGCUCUCCUUUGCCGAUUCAAGUGUUCCUCCGUUUCUUGAAAACCGUUGGACCAAUGGAUCGUCUUCGUCGUCGUCACUACAAUACCAAGAGAUCAAUGGCGCCCCUGGCUAUAAUGCUUAUGCAGGGAGAUGGGAUAGUAUUUAUAGGAAUCCUAACACUAACAGUGGUGUUUUCCGAAACGGAUACUCGCAAGACGUUCCUUCUUUGUCAAGAGGUCGUCAGUGGGGUUCCAACAAUGGACUAGGUUAUGUAAGGAACGAUAGUUCUUGGAGGAGCAACCAAGGGUUCUUGAACAACCAUGAUCAGUCUCUGUAUUUCGGGAACCCUAGAACGAGAUCGAUUGCUUCGCUUGCUAAAGAUCAGAGUUCCAGUGCUGAGUUGCAGAGGAAGAUCUCCGAGGGUUCCAAGGAGACCAUCGAUGUGGUUUUCGAGGGUGUUAUCUUUCACGUCUGUGACUUGAUGGUUGACCCUUACGGCCAUCACGUUCUCAGGAAGCUUAUGGAGAGGUGCACCUCUGAACAGAUCUCUCAGAUUGUUGAUGUCAUCACUCAGCAACAGUUUCUAUUUGUUAAAAUUUGUACUGAUCCUGUCGGAGCCCUUUCGGUGAAGGCGCUGUUGAGGUGUCUUCAAAAUGAGGAACAAAUUUUGCAUAUAGUGCGAGUUGUCAGCUGGGGAGCACUUGUAUUGACAAGGAGCAGCAAUGCAGUUGUGAUUCUCCAAUGCUUCAAGCAGUUUCCUCCCUCGCACACUAGGGAGCUUCUUGCAGUUAUCGCUCAGAACUGUUUGCAGAUAGCAACUGAUGAAUAUGGCUGCCGCAUGCUUCAACAAUGUCUUCAAACUGGUUGUAACGUGGUAAAGCAAAGAUUGAUUCAGGAGAUAAUCGCGAACGCGUUGAGACUCUGCGCUAACUCCUACGGAAACUACGUGGUGCAGUAUCUACUGGAGCUCGGUGAUACAAAUGUAACAGUUUUGCUCCUAAAACAGCUGCUAGGGAACUACGCGUUCCUCGCCCGUAACAAAUUUGCAAGCCAUGUUGUGCAAAAGUUCUUGAAAAUCGAGUAUAUCGACCCUAGCUUCAUCGUAUACGACUUGCUUAAAGAUAUUGAUACACUUCUUCUUGAUCCGUUUGGAAACUAUGUCAUUCAAACGGCAUGGUUUGUAUGUAAGGAGGAGUUGCGCAUGCUCUUGAUGAUGCAUAUUAAUCGUAAUAAACGAUUGAUGAGGUGCAACAUGUAUGGGAAUAAAAUUCUGGAGAGUCUCAAUCUCUAGAGGGGAGAAAGAAUUAAGAAUGUAUUUGCUUCAGGUUUUCUUAUGCCAUUGGUUUGUAUCUUUGACUUAAUCGUCGUUGGGUUUUUUAGGUGAGUGUUUUGUGGUGGGUUUGUUCUGUGAAAUCAUACACCAUUAUAUGUCCUGUAUUGGGAGAUUUGUCUUGGUGUUUGUCUUCUUUAGCAACUCUGUCUGUAAAAGACUCCGACUACUAAAUGUAUGUGUUUGUUGUUUUUAUUCUUGUUUUGCUUCACUGCUUACUUCGUUCAACCUAUUAUUCUUCGAUUAUUAUUGUCUCUUGUUCCAUUUACAAUACGUACUUAUAUAUGCUUUUGAUGAAAUUUGUUUGAGAAUGCUUUGGGCUUUUUUUGUGUUCUUAUUUUUUCAAAAAAUAUUGUUACUACACUAGUGUUUUGAUAAGAGAUCUCCAGUUGAAGAUACUCUUUGAAUAUCUAGAUAUUUUUUUAAAAAAGGGAAAUUAGCAUGAAUCUAUAAAAAUAUUAUAUCUCAGGUACAAUCGACAAAUCUGUCAUAAACUCUGUUUGUACCUCCUUCUUCCUCUCAAAGAAGGUGAUUGGAAAUCAUUCUGGUGCAUAAGUCGCUUGGUUGGAUCUCUCUGCCCCGACACCAAGGAGAGAAUUAGGGAUCCGUAACAUUGAGGUUUAGAGUGAAAAUAUGCUGUAAAGCUUAUUUGGAUGCUCUUUUUUAGAGCUGGAUCUAUUUGGAUCGCUUAUGAGGAGGCAUACAUACCUAAAUCAUGCUCAUCUUUGGUCUCUAAAUGAGAAACCUAUAACUUUUCUUGGAUGUUUCAGAGAUUACUCAAGCUAACCAUUGCAGUUUAGAGUUUAAGUUUUGAAUUAUUUUCUUAAGCAUUAGUAAAGAGAGUUAUUCUUUAUACUUGAUCAUAUUCGAUUCUUGAGUUUUAGAGAACAUGUGAGUGAGAAUCUUCUUUCGUCGUUACUGUCUCCUCCGUCGGUGUGACCUCACGUCCACCAACGAGAAUCUUCUUCUUCCUUUCUCCUCUUUCUUUCUGCCAUGGCUACGAUGGUGCUUGCUCGGUUUUCAGCCACGACGAGUCUGGUUCCCGAUCCAGACAAUAUACUGCUUUGUGCAGUUUUCAAUCGUGUCAUAUUCUCGGGGAGAACCCAUUGUUACCUUUUGCUGGACCCUUCGCUUCUUUCAUCAAGCGUUCACAAGGUUUGGGUUCCUUAGUCUAUUGGAGUAAAUCACUUAUAUUGGAACCUUGCCUUUUGUUAGGUUUUAAUUAUCUCAAUAAGAGUCUCCUUUUACUCUGGAAUGAGAAUGUUGUGCUCUCUUUGAAGCUCUUUUUACGUCAGUUUGAGGAUGUUGCAGGCUCUGUGAGUUUCAUUAACCUCACUAUGAAGCUUAAUUUCAGACUUCAUAAAGCAGGGCUUUGUCGCCUGAGUUUGUAGCUGUAAGGUCCCCAAUUGUUCAUGUUAAAAAUUUAAAAUCCUUCCGACUGAUUCGGUGAAUGGAAUGUGGUUUCAAGCUCUAAAAAUUGGAGGUUUUGAGUGGUCUAUCUAUGGAAAGGGUGAAGCCCAUGACUCCCAAGGCUCCUCUAUUAGUUUGAGCGCAGGCUCGUCCCUUGCCAACGAAGCUAUAAAAAUGCUUGAAACUCUUCAAUUUGGACAGACUCGUAGACUCUCAAGUCUCAUCAGUUAAUUUUGAACUCUAUUGUCCUCUUCUCUGCUAUGCGUUCAUGGCUGGACAUGAUUAAGAUCACAUGUCUUCUUUUCAGAAACCUUGUCACUCUUUUCACUCCACUAUCUUGUAGUUUUAAUCAAUGCACGACCACUUGAUUUGCUGUUGCUUUCGUGUUGUAUCCAAACUAUGUUCUUUGAUUACUCAGUUCACUGUACCACAUCACAAAAAAGCAUGAGCAUACAAAAAUACUCUGUGAAGAUGGUCAGAAUUCUACAUAUAUUAUUUUGUUAACUCUCACAUCUGUUUUUUUUUUUAAUUUCUAUUAUUUUUAGUACGAUAUUCAUCUAAGAAUUAACCAAUAAAAAUGCCUGUAGAUUUCAAUUUUAUUUUCUUUUAUAUAUAUAUAUAUACAUACAAUACAUUAGUUCAUGAGUGUAAUGAGUCAUUACAUACAUAUUUAUCUAAAUAAUUUAACUGUUUAUAUAUUUUCUCUAUACUGUUUCAUAUUUAUCUUUACAUGUUUGCUUAUUUUGUGAAAGAUUUCUGUUACAAAAAUAUUCGUUAUAUAUUUGCUUUUUUACAUGGGUUAAUUAUGAAAUUACAAACUAUGAAAAACAUUAAUAAAUCUUUAGGUCAAACCAUUGGACCAAUUGGGCUUCCACUAUUCAAUAUAUUUGCUAUUCGUGUUUUUUGUAUACACACAAAAUAUGUAUGCAAUUCCAUUGGUGGAGUUUUUAUAGUUUUGAUAAUAUAAUUAAAUAAAAAUGAAUAGUGUUAGAAAAGUUCGAAUACUUUAGAUAAUUUUGGUUGGAUUUUCCAUAAUUUUAAGAAAUUCUUAAUUAAAUACUAGUGUAUAUAUUAAGAACCUUGUGGUUAGAACUCCCAUUUGAUAUGCUCUUAGAUACAUGGAAUCUAAAAUGUGCCAUGUUUGAAAUUACGCCCAACGCAAGUCGGAGGGUAGACAUGGAUUUAGAGAAUUAAUGAAAAAUUGGAAUUUAAGCAUGGAUUAAUCAAGGAUUAGUUUCUAAGAUUUUUGCAUAUUCGUAUCUAUAUAAAAUCUAACUUUUCUUUGGAAUUACUAUAGAACGUAGUAGCUCAGUUGGUUUCUGGAGGUUUUAAUAGUCUUUUGACCUGAAGGUUUUAAUAGUCUUUUGACCGCGAGUUUGUAUUCUGGAGAGAGCUUUUUUUAAGUAAUUUUUCUUUUCUUUUAAUUGAAGUGCAUUAAAGUAAUUUUGCAAUUAUCUUCCUUCUCUUAAAAACUGUAACUUUCUGUUUUCAAACUGGAUUUCCUCUAUUUUUCUUCCAUAAUUAUCACUUUUUCAUCUAUUUUUAUUCAGUUUACUUAAAUUUCAAUAGAUCCGACAAAAGAACAUCUUUUCUAGCUUA